AAUUUGAUUUUUUGCGUAUGGUGUUUAUUAAUUUGUCAAUUGCAAUUUGUUGACUUCAGUCGCUGGUGGAAUUUAGAGUUGUGAAGUGGUCGCUCCUUUUCGAGAUUUACAAAUACUUAUUUUACUCGUAUAACAGUACAUAUUAUUUUAUUAUUAUUUUCUUUUUUGCAAUGUCAUCGAGUUCAAACAAAUUCACCAUUUAUGGUGUCCUUUUGGUUAUAGUGUGCGCUGUACAACAGCUUAUGGCUGCUGAUCAAGCUGUCGAUCCAGCAUUGCCCCGCACUUGUUAUAGCUGUGAAGGUAUUAAUUGUUUGCGCGUGACAAAGUUGAAUGUUACCACGGAAUGUGAGGAUCUACUGGAUUAUUGUGCCACCGUGUUUAGAGGAUUUACCGUUGUUGCUCGCGGCUGUUAUACCGAUCUGGCACCCAACUACCGUGAGAAAUGCGACUUAGCCGAUCAUCCAGAGUGUGUGAAAUGUUUCGGUAAUCGUUGCAAUGACAAAGGACGUGCCGAUUUCAAAUGUAUCGAAUGCAAGUCGAUCGAGAACAAGAAGUGUGCUACCGAUACUAGCGACUUAACUGCCGUACAAUGUCCCAUACCCACUGCACAAAAUUCCUAUUGCUAUGUACGUGAAUCGAGCGAAGAGGGCACUACCCGUGGCUGCUUUGUACAUUUGCGUGAGCAGCAGGUGUGUCUCAGUGACCCCAAAUGUUCUAUGUGUUUGAGCGAUGAUGCGGAAGCUUGCAACACCUACACAGUGGCUGCACAGUCUACUAGUGGCACCAGUAGUAGCCUAACCAAGGGAAAUAUUGCUUCUAUUGGCAUCUUUACACUGCUGGCUUUCGCACCACGGUCUAUUUAAUAUGAAUCUAGUCGUCUUAUUUUCGAUUAUGUAUUUUUUUUAAUCAAAUUUUGUAAGAAGUAAAGUAUACCAUAAAAGCGGCGUAAACACGUUUGCGAUAACAAAAUGGUAUAAAAUUUAUUGAAAGUAUACCAAUUAUGUACAGUACUGUAAGACGAUAAUAAAUCUAGUUGUUUUAUAGGUAACAGGGGGUGUGAGAGUUGGAGAGAGUUUACGGAGUGCACUUUGUACGCUUACGUAUUUUUGUUUUCAUAUUCACACGAGUAUUAAUGGGUUGCACUUACGCGUUUAACAUACGAUUUGUAAAUAUACAUAGUACUUAAGUCUUAUAUUUUUACUUUUCUAAUAUCCUUUAAAAAAAUUAUAAA